AUGGGAAAUUGUAAUAACAGCAAAGAUGUAAAUUUUGAUGAUGUUUCAUGUAAUUAAAUCUAACAUUAUAUUUAAUAGUUUGUAAAAGUGAUUUUAAAAUGCUUUUUGUUAUUGGAAGAGGUGGAUUUGGGAAAGUUUGGAAAGCUGAGAACAAAAAGACAAAAUAAUAAUAUGCAAUAAAAGAAAUGAGUAAAUGCAAGUAACUAUUAUUUAAUCAUUUAGAAUUAUAAAUAAAAAGAGUAUCAGUUCUGUAAUGAAUGAAAAAUAUUUAUUAAGUAAUUUAAGACAUUCGUAAUUAAUAUAAUAUAAUUAGAUUUUUAGUUAACAUGCAUGCAUCAUUUUAGGAUAGAGAAAAUUUAUAUUUAGUUAUGGAUUUGAUGUAAGGAGGAGAUUUAAGAUACCAUUUAUGUAAUUAGAAACGAUUUACUGAAAAACAAACAAGUAUUUCUUAAUUAUUAAAUUAUUUUAAGAGUUCUUUAUAGUUUGUAUCUUAAUAGCAUUAGAUUAUUUGCAUACAAAUACAAUUUUACAUAGAGAUAUUAAACCAGAGAAUUUAGUUUUUGAUAGAAAUGGUUAUAAAUCUAAAUUUAAAUUAGGUUAUUUAAAUUUAACAGAUCUAGGUGUAGCCAGAAUCUGGAAACCUGAUAAUGAAAAUGAUACAAGCGGAACUCCAGGUUAUAUGGCUCCAGAAGUCAUGUGUAGAUAAAUUCAUGGAGUAGCAUCAGAUUAUUUUGCAGUUGGAGUAAUUGCUUAUGAAUGUAUGAUAGGAAAAGUAACUGUUUUUAAUUCUAUGUAGAGACCAUAUAUUGGCAAAACUAGAAAAGAAAUUAGAGAUUCAAUUUUAGCUAAAUAAGUUUUAGUUAAAUCAGAUUAAAUUCCAAUUGGAUGGUCAGAAGAAUCUGCUGAUUUUAUUAAUAGAACUUUGCAAAGAAAACCAAGCAAUCGAUUAGGAUCUAAUGGUCCUGAAGAAGUUCAAUCUCAUCCUUGGUUUAUAGAUAUUGAUUGGAAUGCCAUCUUAAAUAAAACUGCUAUAUCUCCUUAUCAAAUUAAUGUAAAAAUUAGUAUAAACUAUUCUUAGUGUAAUCAAGAUAAUUUUGAUGCUAAAUUUGCUAAUAUGAAAGAUGAAGAAAAUGGUGAAACAUUUCAAUAAAAUGGAAUUAUGUUGAGAAGACAAUCUAUUUAAGAACUUUUUUAUGGAUAUACUUUUGAUUAGUCUAUUAAUUAAGUUCCAUCCUAAAAUAAUUCUGUUAUUAAACCUACCAUUCCUCAUUUAAAUACAUAAUAAAUAACUUCUGCUAAAAAAACUAAUAUUGAUGAUACUAAUCCAUAAUUAUCAUAAAUAUCAACAAAAAAAUAUCAUUUGGUUUCCUCUACUCCAAGAUUAUAAACCAAAUUAAUGACGUCUAGUUAAAGGCCUUUAACAGAUAGAAGUCAAUUUUCCAAUAUAUUUUAAUUUAAUUGA